UCGGGGCCGCCCCCUUUCACUUACCUCUUCCUCGACCUUCUUCUCGUACGUUUUUUCUAAUGUGGAGCUAGCAAAUCUGGCUAUCGAAAACCCUAACCACAAGCUCAACUUGAGAGCCUUCAAGGCCAAUCACAAACAAGUCAUGGGUCCGAUGAUAAAAACAGAGGAGGAAGAAGACUAUACGAGUCCACCGUGGCUAAUGCCAAUGCUACGAGGCAGCUACUUCAUCCCAUGUUCGAUCCACGCCGACUCUAACAAAAACGAAUGCAACAUGUUCUGUCUCGAUUGUGCUGGAACUGCUUUUUGCUCUUACUGUUUGGUCAAACAUAAAGACCAUCGUGUUGUUCAGAUAAGGAGAUCUUCUUACCACAACGUGGUGAGAGUGAAUGAGAUACAAAAGUACUUAGACAUCUCUUGCGUUCAGACAUAUAUAAUCAACAGUGCAAGGAUCUUGUUCCUCAAUGAAAGACCUCAGCCAAGAAUCGGAAAAGGUGUUACAAACACUUGUGAAAUAUGUUGUAGAAGCCUUCUUGAUUCUUUCCGCUUCUGCUCUCUUGGUUGCAAGCUCGGGGGAAUGAAGAGAGGAGAUCAAAGUCUGACCUUCUCUAUGAGAGGGAAACACGGGAGAGACUAUCAAGGUGGGUUGGAAUCAGAUGAGGCUACCACACCAACUAAACUGCGUAAGACGAAAGCUUUCAACCGUCUGAUGGAUGGUCUCUCGAUCUCUACCGUUAGGUUUGAUGACUAUGGUCCAGGUGGUGAUCAACGGUCUCCAAGCUCUGGCGAUGAAGGUGGUUUCAGUUUCUCUCCUGGAACACCUCCGAUAUAUAAUCACCGGAAUUCAAGCAGACGAAAGGGGAUUCCGCACCGUGCUCCGUUCUAAAAAGUUACUUAAUUACAGCCCCGUAUUAAGUAUUAAUAAUUUUUAAAAAAGUAUUAAUAAUUAAUAAAUUAAUAUUAUAAAUAGAAAAUGGGGUAAUAAUACGCGUCAAUAUUAUAAUGUAUAACUCUUGGGGUAAAAUCUAGGAUGUUGUCAUAAAGUUGUACAUGGGUAGUGUCUUCUUUUUUAUAGUUUCUUUUCAUAGAAGAUAAAGGAAACAAGACUAAGCACAUAUAUAAAUACAUUUUUAUAUAAAUAUAGAAGAAUUUAGGUUA